AUGACUGCCCGUGCAGACCCGCUUGCCGAUGAACUCGCCCUCGGAUGGGGAGAAGAUACGAUAUACUGCGAAGCGACAUGUGAUCCUGAAGACAUAUUAUACGAAGGUUCAGAUGAUGAAAAGUACGACAGCCCGGAAGAAAGAAAACGAAGAUAUGAAGCUGCUGGCCAAAGAUUUCUCGACGGAAAAACACCCCUCCUCUUGACAGCACUUCUCAAAGGCCCCUUUGACUCGAAAUCGACAGGCUGGCUCAACCCAUGGCGAUCAAAACACCAAGAUGGAACUAAAAGAACGAGAACAUCUCCAGGGAAGUUGGCAAGGUCGGCCAAGACUAGACGAAAUAUAUCAAUACCAGAGACAGCUCAGCCCAAUAGUCUGGAAUGUCACCUCCCGAGCCCCGAAAGCCUUAACCCUUCUGAAGUCGAGGCACAUCCUUACUUGGAAGAAGAUGAACUUGCCAAGGUCCAGCAAUGGAGAAAUUCCGUGGAGAUUGAGAAUGAACGUGACGAUCAGAAGGACCAAAUCUGGGUUUCAACACCUAGUGGUACGGCGUCUGAGAGGAAGAGAAAGGCCAAGGGAUCUUCAUGGUUGAAAUUAUUAGCGAAUAAACGACGGCGAACAGAUGUUAUGGAGUCUGGUUCAGUUGAUACACCAGUUCCAUCUCGAUCUCAAGCUCCGACCUCAUUUGCGAAUGCGCUAAACACUUCGUUCUCGAGUGUUCCCGAUCGCCUGCCGUCUUCAGCCAUUGCGGCAGGAAGAUAUUUCAGAGCAACUCAGGACGAUCCUAUAGUUUCGGACGACGAACUUGCGCGCAAUAAGAUUGUGGCGGAGCAAGCUGCAGCCGAUUCGUCAUCGCCCUUAUCAAAUCUACAAUGCACACCAUCUCUAGCUCCCAGCCGAGGCAGCGUCGAGCAGCCAACACCAAGCAGGCUUCCGAAAUCUCGACGAUCCUCCCUACCUCAAAGCAAGGCUGCGGAAUCCUUGGAUCGAGGACAUGAUGAUACUGCAGCACCCAACCCAGCUUUUGAGACACAAGAAGACGAAAGUUUCUGUUUCAAGAUGCGAUCGAAGUUUAAUCAGAUCGCUGAAGGCACGUCAGAAGAAGAGGAUGUACUCAUAAACCGAGCCGAUGAAGAGACCUGGUCCGGCCUGUCUGCCGAUGAGAAUAUGCAUAGCGUGGCGUCCGACUUGAAAGAUGAUACGCCAAUGGAGGAGCAAGAUGAUGUGCAAAACCCAGGUUCGGCGACAGUGCUGGAUCAAUGUGCAGUGACUAGCCCUCUAUCGUCAAUUUCUAGUGAGAAUUUUGAUGGGUUUGAUCUUGGAAGAGAAUCUACGGUGGACGCCAGACAUAGCGCCAGUAACUCUUCAUUGGUAAUGGAAACAGCUAGCAGUUCCCAUCACAAGUCUACAGGAACUGCCAUCGAAGCCAUCGCCAAAGAACAGCCUAGUGUGCAUCAGCAAGAUGCUGGGUCGGAUAACAUGGAUAUGGACGAGAUAGUCGGUAUUGUAAGCAGUUUGACUGCUCCGGAGAGUCUGACGGCCAGCGAGACCGAUUCAACGGCUGGUUCUGAUGAUGAGGAAGAUGAGGAAGAUGAGGAAGAUGAGGAAGAUGAGGAAGAUGAAGUUGACGAUGAAGACGACAAGAUGGGAUCCUCCGAGGCUUUAUCGCCAUCUGCUACAUCUAAUGUCAAGACGCCACGGUCUUUUAUUGUACCUCGAGAAGCCGAGACAACACCAGCCAAAUCAACGAUAGCGAAACUUGGUAGCGGUAAUUCAACACCCUCCCAUGUCGAGUUUCUCCUCAACGCUUCAGUCAAAAAGAGAUUCAUCUCCCAAGCCUCUUGGAAGAACUUAGCCAGUCUGGCCGGAAGUCCUGGUCAACAAACUCCGGCGAAGACAAACAGAAGCUCUCCAGGCCAUCUGUCCAGUCCUGCCAGUGGCCGGGGAAAUAGAAGCCAAGCGCGAUCAAUUCAUUCUACACCUAAGACCUUGAGAGUUAGUCAAACUCCGAAGUUCAGUCAGCCAUCAAACCGCGACGCUUCUCCAGUGCAGGAUCAUCCAGUUCAUGAGCAUCAUUCGGUACAGGAGCCAGGCCAAUCGACCCCUAAAGCAAAUACGCAGGUCUCGAUAUCACAGCAAAGUCCAUGGGCAGCGCAUAAAUUAUCUCAACAUGCUACGCUCAGUCUCGGUCAGAAGCUUGUGGAAACCCCCAAGUCAGAUGCAAACGCGAUGGGCAAUGCCGAGACUACGAACAGUCCCGUGAAGCAAGCUCCUUGGACUGGCGAGAGGGACGAGCUGUCUAUCGAGCCCUUGUUACCAAAAUCGACUGUCCAACUUGGCGAUCAGCCAACAUCGCUCGAAUUGAACACUCCUGCGCUCACAACUGAAGCCGGAAUUCGCGUGCAUGACAUGUCAGUGCUCACAACGCCGGCCACGGCAUCAACAACUGAGCCACAAUUUUCGUUGAAAUCGUUCGCGUCGUUCCAAUCUCCUUCUUCAGAACCUCGUUCUCAGCAGAGUAAGCGCGCCCUUUGGAGAGAAUCGGGCUCCCGUCUUCCGAGUACACAGGGCAUCCUGGCCUCAGCGACUAAGAAUCCCUGGGAGACCAAGACCUCUGAACGCCGAGUUGCGUUUGCACCACUGCCUAGUGAAGCCGAGGGGCAUUUGAGUGCAGCUACAACGCCUUGCCCAUCUCUAAACAAGAAACGUCUAUCAUCCCCACCGCCUGAUACUCCCAUGUCCGAGUUGCCUCAGUCAGAAGUCACUGAGCUUCAUGAGCAUCUUAAUAAUGUGGCACGGGGACCCAUUAUUCGUCGCAGCGACCGUCUGCUGCCGACAGAGUCACAGCGUACAGCCGGCAGUCCUUUGCCAGACGCUAUGGCAGAGGCGUUCCUUGUAGCAGACCAGCUGCGCGAAACGGUCUCUCUCGCAGAUCCUGCUAAGAGCGAUCGCGAGACCGACGAUUCGCAGGACCCUAUGGAUAUGGCUGCGGAUUUAUUUCGCGAUUCAGAGGUUUUCCGAAACUGGGACGAGCUUUCCAACCAAUUCAAUGUGGACAAUGCAGGACAGAAAUCAUCCCCGAAGGUCCAGGGGCUACAAAGCCCGUGGUGA